CAACAAACAAUGGUAGCUAGCUAACACCUUUUCCGAUCCUAUAUAAGACAACCCAAAACCUUUUUCUUUUUAUCAACACAAAUAAUACCCUACACACUCUUCCCUACUAUAACCCAAAACCUCUCAUUCUCUUUCAACAAACAAUACCAUGGGGAUGCUUAAGGGUCUUUCUACUUCCAUGAAUGCAAAAAUCUCCGGUAACGCCGGGGCCGAGGUUAUUGUUCUAGCACAUGGUUAUGGUGGUGAACAAUCCAUUUGGGAGAAAAUAGUUCCAAGUUUAGAAGAAAAGAACCAAGUUGUUCUGUUUGAUUGGAACUUUUCUGGUGCUUUUAGUGAAGAUAAUAAUCAUAGUUAUGAUCCAAUUAAGUAUGAUUCUCUUGAUGCUUUUGCUAAUGAUUUGGUGAGUUUGAUGGAUGAAAUGAACAUAAAAUCAUGUGUUUUUGUUGGUCAUUCUAUGUCUGGUAUGAUUGGUUGUAUUGCUUCCAUCAAGAGACCUCUCCUUUUUAAGAAGCUUAUACUCAUUGGAGCAUCUCCCAGAUACUUGAAUUCAGAAGAUUAUGAAGGAGGAUUUGAACCAUCAGAAAUAGAGCAACUCCUGUCAACAAUAGAAUCCAAUUUCCAGCCUUGGGCAACAGCUUUUGCUCCUAUAGCAGUUGGUACAAAAGACCCUCUUAUAGCUGAGAAAUUUGAGAAGAGUUUAAAGAAAAUGAAGCCAGAAGUUGCCCUAGCUGUGGCUAAGAUCGUCUUCCUAGGUGAUUAUUGCCACGUUCUUGAGAAAGUUGAAACACCAUGUACCCUUAUUAGCACCACUUAUGAUAUUGUAGUCCCUUCAUCAGUGCCUUACUACAUGCAGAAGAAGAUGAUUAAUGCCAAAUCGAGGGUCGAGAUCAUCGAUGUCGAUGGCCAUCUUCCACACUUGAGCGCUCAUGAGGAGGUCCUUAUUGUGCUUAGUAAGGAGUUGUAUUCUUGAGUAUAAUUAAGGACUUAUAAACAUGUAUGAAAAUGUCACUAGUAUGGGCAUGCAUGCAUUAAGGGUUUGUUAAGUAAGAACUAAGUGUAUUUCUAUGUUUAAUUAAGAAAAUUGUGGGGCUUAAUUAGGAUUAGGGAUAGUUAAUGUUAGGCUUUGCAUGUUUUGGUUGGAGAUUGUUCUACUUUUCCUCUUUUCUUUAGUUAUUAUGCAAGGUUAUUAAUUAAGUGAGUAUGUUGUAUAUUUAAUGUUAAUUACUCUUUAAGGCAGUGAUUAUGGGCUUGUGGGAUUGUUUUAA